UUUCUCGCUCUUACGUUCAUACGCAUAUGCUACAGUCGACGUCUCACUCCUCGGCGUAUUUCCACAAGGGCGAGCUCGCUACGCCGGCAAAUCUGCCGCAAAUCGUCAGUUAGUUCUCGACGACGGCACCUAACGUGUGUACGCUACUUUUUUCUGCACGUUUACUCGCUGUGUGCACUUUCUGAUAACUCGUGUACGGUGUCUACAUUACCAAAAAGAACAUUGGGUGUUACAGCACGUGUGGCUUUUUCCAUUGUUUUUUUUCGUCUUUGGUUGAUUUCAUCCAGAUAGAACGAGCUGACUAUUCAACAAGAUGACAUCUAAAGUGGAAGAAUACUUCCGUAACAAGAAUAUUUUUAUUACUGGUGGCACGGGUUUUGUGGGACUCUGUCUAAUCGAAAAAAUUCUUCGUGAUUGCCCCGAUGUUAACAAUAUCUACAUGCUUAUCCGGUCGAAAAAAGGUAAAAAACCGCAAGACAGGCUGCAGGAUAUCGUCAAGAAUUCCGUUUUUGACAGAAUCAAAGAAGAAGGUAAAACUGAUCUAUUUAAAAAGUUGAUAGCUGUUGGAGGUGAUGUAGCAGAAGAACAUUUAGGAUUAUCUGCAGAAGACAGAUUGACACUAGUUGAACAUGUUAAUGUUGUUUUCCAUUCAGCUGCUACAUUAGACUUUGAGGCAAAUUUAAAAGAUACAGUCAAUAUUAAUCUUCUUGGAACUCACAAAGUUGUGGAGUUUUGUCAAGAAAUAAGAAAUCUCAAGGCUUUAAUUCACGUUUCUAGUGCAUUUGUUAAUGCAGUUCUUAAAGAAGCUCAUGAACGUUUGUAUCCAUGUCAUAUGGAUGCAAAAGAAUUAUUAAGCAAAAUGGAGAAACUGACUGAUGAAGAAUUAGAAAAAGCUACACCAAGUAUUAUCAAAGAUCAUCCCAACCCAUAUACAUUUACUAAACUAUUGGCUGAACAUGAAGUGGCCAAUUCAGGAUUGCCUGCAGCAAUAGUUCGUCCAUCUAUGAUUGUGGGAGCUUGGAGAGAACCAUUACCAGGUUGGACUAUUUCUAAAAAUGGUCCACAAGGUUUUUUGAUGGGGGCAAGUAAAGGAAUUGUUCGUCGAUUACCUGUAGCUAAGGAUCUUGUUUAUGAUUACAUUCCAAUUGAUAUUGUUGUUAAUGGUUUAUUAGUGGCUGCAUAUGCAAUUGAAAGAGACAGAUCCAAAUCAUUAAAAAUUUAUCAUUUGACAUCUAGCACAUGUAUGCCUUUCCGAUGGUCCAAUAUUGAACAUAAAGUAAAUAGAUAUUUGCAUACUUUCCCUUUGGUUAGUGCAGUAUGGUAUCCUACCUUGAAAUUGCUGCCAUCAUUGUUUUGGUUCAAAAUUUCUGCAUUUUUUAUACACAUGAUUCCAGCUUACAUAUUAGACACAGUUACACGAAUUGCGGGGGGAAAACCAAUAUUGGUGCGUCUCCACACAAAUGUUAAUAAAUCUUUAGGACGCCUCGAAAAAUUUAUUUUUACAGAAUGGAAAUUUUAUAACAAUCAAACCAUUUUACUUCAUGAGUCGCUUUCUGAAAUCGACAAAGAUAAAUUUACAAUUGACAUUAGACCAAUUGAUUGGGAAUCAUAUUUUAUUGAUUUGUCAAAGGGUGUUCGGGUAUAUUUAAAUAAUGAACCUUUGAAAAACUUGAGCAAAGCAAAGAGGAAGGAUAAAAUAUUACUUCUUCUUCAUAUUCUAUUACAAAUCUCAAUUUUAACUUUCAUUUGGUGGGUCUUCAAAUCAGCUCUUGGCCUUACAUGGACUCAAACUGGCAUGAUCGUUCCGAUUGCAUACUUUCUUCUAAAUCUCUUAUAAGAAAUAUAUUCCGUGAAAUUUUCAUAUUUUUUUAACAGAAAAAAAUUACGUUCACCAAUUAAAAUACAUUAGUAAUAUUCAGCUUAAAUUAUAUUUUAUGAUCUGAUGAAAUUUUAAGUAUCGUAAAACUUCUAUAUAUUCAACUCACAAUCUGAUUUAUUCAUUUAGUUGUUUUCAAUUACUGUUAAUAUUAUUUAUACUGCUCAGCGUAUUGUUACGAUAAAUGUGCAUUAAAUUUGUUAGCAGUUUCGUUACUUAGUGUUAUAAAAAAACUUCUGGUUGAGGUUUUUUAGCCAUAUUUUUAUUAUACGUAGUAAGUGGAAUAAUGUGAAAUUGUUAUUAUCAAAGUGUAGUACAAUCGAACAUUAUAUAAUUUAAUUACAAUAGUUAACCAUUAUAUUAUUAAAUUUUUGUAAUUUUUCAUUCGCACGUACUGAUUGUUUAAAAGGGUGUAUAUGUAUAAUAUAAUUGGUGUAGCAUUUUAUGCUGUAGCUAAAUAUUUCAUAAGUCAUAUUAUAUGAUUGAAUAAAAAAUAAAAGUGUAUUUUUUACAACAAUACCAUUUGAGACUAACGUCAAUAAAUGUAUGUUUACAUAUAUGUUAGUGAUAUGAAGUUUAAUAUUGUUUUAGUCGUUUUGAUUGUUUAGAACUUGCGAAUGUUUGUACUCGGCCGAUACUAUUAUUCCAAGCGUAUUGUAUCAACUGCUGAUCAUAUUGAGAUGAAAUGUUUUGAUCCUUAAAAAAUUUGAAAAUUAAUAUUGUUAUUAUAAUUGAAUUGAUUUUUAUUUUUAAAUAAUUAGAUUACAUAAAUCAAAUAGUUUUUCAGUUUGAUAUCGUAAAAUGUAAACAAUUUUUAAAAGCCAAU